CCAGAUCUCACUCUGCAUGUUGGGCAAACAACAUUUAAAGUGCACAAGGCUGUUCUCUGGGCAAGAACUCCAAAAUUCUAUAGGUAUAUUAUACAAAAGGCCACAGAAGACACACUUGCCGUGCAGCAUGUGGAGCCAACUGAAAUAAAGGGAUUUUUAAAGCUUGUGUACUGCUCCCUCUGGAGUGUUAAGGAGACAGAAGACCAUAUUCUUGAUAUAAUAAAGGGACAGUCUAUUUCAGAUCACGAUCACAAUGAUGAUGAAUGCACUAACCUGCAGUGCAGUUUACCUUCUACUGAAGAAAGCACAAAGUUUCCCAUCAACAAAUCUCCAGAGCAAAAUACCCCCUCUGAGGAGAACCACAACUGUGAAGAGGGCUACAACAGUGAACCACCAUCAAAUCUUGGCAAGGAUUUACUGUCUUUAUACAAAAGUUCUCAUUGCACUGAUGUCAUUAUACAGAUAGAAGACAAAUGUUUCCGUGCACACAGGGCUAUCCUGUGUGCUAGGUCCAGCUAUUUUGCUGCUAUGCUGAGUGGAUGUUGGCUUGAGACCUCACAAGACCUCAUCCAUAUUCAUAAUGUGAAACAAUCAGAUAUGACCGUCCUUAUGCAUUUCAUAUAUGGAGGAACAAUGGAUCUUCCCAAAAGCAUCGAUGCUGGUCAGAUUCUUUCUAUUGCUGACAUGUAUGGAAUGGAAGGGUUGAAAGAAGUUGCUGUCUAUGUUUUGAAGAGAGACUACUGCAAAUUCUUUAUCAAGCCUGUUGUUGGAAUGCAGCAGUCAGUGUUAGAAUGUCUCUCUAUUGCUUAUUCUGUAGGAGAGGAGCCCUUGUAUACCUCGUGUAUGAGAUGGAUGGAGAAGUAUUUUGUGAAAUGU